CAUUUGGGGAUCCGGGGCCCGGGUGGCAUCUGGGCCAAGUUAGGCGUGGCCGAGUCCAGCACCGAACGUCUGCAAGACCGGAGGAGCCGCGGCGCGUCCGGGGCAGAGCUGCCGCAAAUGGGCUCCGAUUUGCGGGACCUGAACGCGCUGCUACCAGCGGUGCCUUCGCUCGGUGGCGGCGGCGGCUGCGCCCUGCCCGUGAGCGGCGCUGCGCAGUGGGCACCGGUGCUGGACUUUGCGCCCCCGGGCGCGUCGGCAUACAGUUCGUUGGGCGGGCCGGCCCCUCCGCCGGCUCCGCCACCACCCCCGCCGCCGCCGCCUCACUCCUUCAUCAAACAGGAGCCGAGCUGGGGCGGUGCGGAGCCGCACGAAGAGCAGUGCUUGAGCGCCUUCACCGUCCACUUCUCCGGCCAGUUCACCGGCACAGCUGGAGCCUGUCGCUACGGACCCUUCGGUCCUCCCCCGCCCAGCCAGGCGUCCUCCGGCCAGGCCAGGAUGUUCCCCAACGCGCCCUACCUGCCCAGCUGCCUCGAGAGCCAGCCCGCGAUUCGCAACCAGGGAUACAGCACAGUCACCUUUGACGGGACGCCCAACUAUGGUCACACGCCGUCCCACCACGCGGCGCAGUUCCCCAACCACUCCUUCAAGCACGAGGACCCCAUGGGCCAGCAGGGCUCGCUGGGCGAGCAGCAGUACUCCGUGCCGCCCCCAGUCUACGGCUGCCACACCCCCACGGACAGCUGCACCGGCAGCCAGGCCCUGCUGCUGCGGACGCCCUACAGCAGUGACAAUUUAUACCAGAUGACCUCCCAGCUUGAAUGCAUGACCUGGAAUCAGAUGAACUUGGGAGCCACACUAAAGGGCCACGGCACAGGGUAUGAAAGCGAUAACCACACCACGCCCAUCCUCUGUGGCGCCCAGUACAGAAUACACACCCACGGUGUCUUCAGGGGCAUUCAGGACGUUCGGCGUGUGCCCGGAGUAGCCCCGACUCUUGUCCGUUCGGCAUCUGAGACCAAUGAGAAACGCCCCUUCAUGUGUGCUUACCCGGGCUGCAAUAAGAGAUAUUUUAAGCUGUCUCACUUACAGAUGCACAGCCGGAAGCACACUGGUGAGAAACCAUACCAGUGUGACUUCAAGGACUGUGAGCGAAGGUUUUCUCGUUCAGACCAGCUCAAAAGACACCAAAGGAGACACACAGGUGUGAAACCAUUCCAGUGUAAAACUUGUCAGCGAAAGUUCUCCCGGUCCGACCACCUGAAGACCCACACCAGGACUCAUACAGGUAAAACAAGUGAAAAGCCCUUCAGCUGUCGGUGGCCCAGUUGUCAGAAAAAGUUCGCCCGGUCAGACGAAUUAGUCCGCCAUCACAACAUGCACCAGAGAAACAUGACCAAGCUCCAGCUGGCACUUUGAGGGGACCAACCCAGUGACAGAGCUGUGUCCCAGGCAGGACAGUGUGGGAACUGCUUUCCAAAUCUGACUUUAAAAAUCCCUCCUCACUCACCUCUCUAAGAAGGAAAUGGCAGCUCGCCUUCAUCCAGCUUCCAAGACAAGAUGCGUGUACUACUGGAUCCCACCAGGUUUCCCCGGAGAAGGUGGCCUCCACUCUGCCAACUUGUAGUUGACUCACAAGGCCCCGGAGAGGUGGCCAACGACAGACAUCGCCGUUUGGUCUGGAUUUCCCAGUGUAAGAAGAGCCAUUGUUGAGAAGGUUCCCCCACCCUCUUCUUUUACGCUCAUUUUCACUGGGAAUGGAGUCAUUGUACCAUUUUCCAUCAUAGAAUAUUUAUAGGCCAGGGCAUGUGUAUGUGUCUGCUAAUGUAAACUUUGUCAUGGUUUCCAUUUACUAACAGCUAUAGCAAGAAAUAAAUCAGAGAGCGGGGCCCCGGGGGUGAGACCCGUCCGACAGUGCGGAGGUUAGGCAGGCUGCUGUGCGCUGCCAGGCAGGUUUUUAAAAAAGCUCGUGUGUUUCAAGCAGCUGAAAAAAGAAUCAGAACUAACUAGCAACUCUGUAGAGAAAUAUGAAAGAAUAUUACCAUUCAGUUAAUUCAAUGUUAACAUUAACACAAUGCUCUAAAGACGCCCUGUUUGAAGAUCUGAGAUUUUGGUUUUGUCUUCAUUUUUGACUUUUUGAAUUGUAGUCAUAUGCGUCUUCAGAGAUGUACGUAUCUCCUCCACAAAGGAAGUGGAAUUCGUUUUUUAUCAUGUGGGGUGUCCUUAGGGUCCUUCAAGUGCACAGGCCACGCUGGUUAUGUGGCUUCAAGUUGUAAAAAUUAAAGCGACUCGAAAAGAAAUAGGGCUGAUCUGAGAUCUCACUGAUGAGACUGUUCUUCAGUAACUUAAGUCACUUUGGAUCUACAAGUAUAUGUGCAAAAAAAUGAUACUUACUAGGGUGAGGAAAUCCAUUGUUUAAAGGUAAUUGGAUGUGUGUGAUUUUUUUUUCUCCGGAUUUUUAAGGGAGGGGGUUGUUUAUUUACUGUUGCUUGAAAUUAUUGUGUAAAUAUAUCUAUCUGAUAAUGAUUUGCUCUUUGACAACUAAAGUUAGGAAAUGUAUAAACGUUAGAUGCAUCACUGUCUCGGUGUUGAUCUUACAACGUAUGGAUAACACUAAAACUGUAACCUGCAUUUUUUUUUUUUUCACUUCGCUCUCAAUUAAAGUCUAUUCAAAAGGAAAGUGGCAAGAUUCUAUCAGCCCUAUUGAGCUCAAACCUUUGAGCCUCUUUUAAAUAGGUAAGAAGAUACCGCCUACAUCGAUGAUGGCUAGCUGAGCCUGUCCCAGGUCCUGACCACUAUUUAUUUCCUCCUGUGGGAACUAAGGAGGCAGUUAUCCCUCAGAGGAGCAGCCAGAGAGGCCCCUCUUCUGCUCACAUCUUAAAGGGACUGCGUGGGAGCUGGCUGAACGGGCUUGUGGACAGCAUGGGGGGGAUUGUGUUU